CUCACACACUGGUUGAAAGCAGCAGGCAGGCUGGCGUUCAGGGCUCGUCCACUUCAAGGCUAGUUUCUACAAAUUCUUAAGAUUCCCUGGUUUAGAACUUAACAAGAGCUUCCGGUUCUGUCCAGUGUUUAAAAGAGGCUGAGGUAGACCCUGGGGAACGUGAUUCUGUGUGCGAGCUGCCAACAGAAUUUGUAGAAACUGUUAGACCAAGGCCCCAGGGGUCUUCACCAGUAUAUGACUAUUCAUUAGCAGACGAACACAAGGGAAAGAGGGUGCUGGGGGAGAUGCCACAUGAGGAAUUUGAUGACAUCACAGACCAGAAGAAAGAUUUAGAAAUUUUGUCAAAGAAACAAUUAUCUGCAAACAUGAGUCACAAAAUGGAAGAAAAGGAAAAGGAUAUUGUAGAAGUGUUUGUGAACACAGAAGCUGAAGUAGGUGCAACUGGUUUCAGUGUUAAAAGGGGAGAAAAAGAGGGCAUAUUUAUUAAACAUGUUCUGAAGGAGUCUCCUGCAGCAAAACAGCUAAGAAUGAGAGAAGGUGACCAACUUAUCAGUGCUACAAUUUAUUUUGAUACUGUCAAAUAUGAGGACGCACUCAAGAUUUUGCAGUACUCAGAACCAUACAAAAUGAAAUACUGCCUGAAACGAACAAUAUAUAACACAAUAGGAUCAGAGGCAGCUGAAGUAAAAGGAAGUAAACCUAUUGUGGGAGCAGAAGAAGAGUUUUUUUCAACACUUUAUGGAAAUAAAACUAAAAUAACAAGAGAUGGUUCUGAAGAAAUGAGCACACCAACAGAAGCUCAACUGCAAGAAGCAACACAGAAGGGACGGGCAAAGGCGGCUGACGUGCCUGAUGUAACAUUUUCUUGCCCCAAGUUUCUAGCUUUCAAAAAAUCAAAGACAUACAGACUGGACAGAUCACACAGCCUAUCAGAAACAGAAGAACGUGAACAACACGAUGUUACUGCAACAAGCACAGAUAUAGAGUCCCAUUUAAAAACAACAGAAACUACUGAAAAAGUGAAAAAACGUAGAAGAAAAAUAAAACUUCCACAUAUUGGUGCAGGAGGAAUAAAAAUGGGGAAAACAGAAGACUCUGAGCAGGAAAGACCAGAACCUUCAUCAGGCAGCAAGGAAUUUUCUCCUUUGAAAUAUGAGAAAUUCAAUAUCCAUGCUGACAGAGUCGCACAAACCACAAAUGGCACUGCAACAACAGCAAUAAAGCGAUCUGAUCGAAAGCUGGAGAAUCAAAGCAGUGCAAUGGAAUCAGACAAUAUUAACAGAGAAUCCAAACUGAAAAUGCCAAAACUGAAAAUAGCAAAAUUUAUCCUUUCAGAACCAAUUGAACCCAUAUUUGACAUUGGAACAAAAUUACCAGACGAACAAUGUCAUUUGCAAACAUCAGAUACAAACAUGGAACAGCACAAAAUUCAAACUGAUGAUUCAAAAAGGGACAAUAACACACUAUCAGCUAUUCUGACCACGGCUUCAGAUAGUAAAUUGAAAACGGCCAGUGGAAUAUCCAAAGAUAAGUCACAUAUAGAGGAGGAACAUGAUGAAGUAACCGGCCAACAGACACAACAGGUCGUCUCACAGAAACAACCUAGUAGCGUACAUGUAAAAGCUGAUGUUACAUUGCCACAACAUGAGGAGCUAGAAACAAAUGUCAGCAAGCAGGUUGCUGACAAAUCAUUUCCAAAAUCUGGAAAAGAAACAAAGAAAUCCAAGACUGAUAAGCAAAUAAAAAGCAAAAAGACCAAAAAGAAGGAAGCCAGGGGUAAGGCUUCUGAAAAAGAAACAAAGUCUUCAACACUUGCAAUAGAUGUUAGCUUAAUGAAGAUUGAUGCCAAAGAUUCAAAAACAGACAGAGAUAACACAGACCGAGCAGGAAAGACGCUACCAGCAAGGUUGCUGGGUAAUCUCACAACAAGGCACACUGAGCCAGCAGAGGUUGAUUCAAUCACGGAGAUCAGCAAGAGGGAGCAACAGAUUGAAAUUUCGGGUAAAAAAUAUCAAACACGUGAGAGGGAACAAGACUGGGAUUCUUAUCAAACAAAAACUGAGGAAAACAUGGAAAUAAAAGGAGGACAGAAAAUAGAAAAGUCAAAACCACAAGGACAGUCACUUGGUUCAUCCAAACCUGACAAAGAAUAUGUUAAAAUGAGCGAUGGCGUUAACCUCCCCAAAGUCGAUGUCUCACGAACAAAACCUGAUAUAUAUGUCAAGGCAGUGAGUAUAGAUGUCACCACAAGCAAAAUGGAAGGUAACCUUAGUCUUGGUGAAAAUGACAUCAAAGGUCCGGAUGCAGGUCUAAAAAUACCUGAGGUGCAAAAACCAGAAGUUGAUACUGAAACGUCAAAAGUAAUGGAUGUCAAUAUGUCCAUGCCCAAAAGUGAUAUCAAUGUUUCAGCGCUGGGAAUGUCAGUGGACUUCAAAGAGUCAUCAAUGGCCAUCCAAUUUCCAACAGUUGAGAUGGAUUUAGACUCAGCAGAUCAGAAGGUUAAAGGUGAUGGAGGAAAGAUCAAAAUGCCAUCCACGAAAAUGCCAUCCGUUAGCAUUUCUGUCCCAGAAUUCAAAGGACCUGAGGUUGAUAUGAGCAAGCCAGAUACUGACAUUUCCAUUGAAAAACCAGAGGUACAUGUGAAAGAUGCAAAAUUGGACGGAAAAACUCCAAAACUUAAAGUUGACUUGCAGGCACUGGACGGUGACACUGAAGAAAAAGGUAGUAAAAUAAAUGUGCCAAAGAGCAAAGCUCCAAAAUUUGGAAUUUCUAGACCCGAUAUACAUGCUCCAAAAAUGGAUGUGCAUGUUAACCUUCCCAAAGUUGCUGUCUCACGAGGGAAAGGUGACAUGGAUGCCAAAGUACCGAGGAUAGAUGUCAAAGCAGGCAAGUUGGAAGGUGAUGUUAGUCUUAGGAAGGUUGACAUCGGAGGGCCCGACAUUGAACUAAAAAUGCCUGAAAUGGAAAAAACACAAGUUGACGUCGAAAUGCCAAACUUGAAAGGGAAGGUGGAUGUAGAUGUGUCCAUGCCUGAAACUGAUAUCGAUGUUUCAUCCCGGGAAUUGUCAGUGGACAUUAAAGCCCCAUCAACCAAAGCGGAUCUGCCAACAGUAGAUGUGGGUUUGGAAUCAGGAGAUAUGAAGAUGAAAGGUGAUGGAGGAAAGUUCAAAAUGCCAUCCAUGACAAUGCCAUCAUUUGGGAUUUCUCUUCCAACAUUCAAAGGACCUGAUGUUGAUGUGAGUGUGAGCAAGCCAGAUGUCAAUAUUUCAGUUGAAAAACCAGAGGGAGAUAUUAAAGCGCCGAAAAUGGACAGAAGUGCUCCAGAAGUUGAAGCUGAUCUGCAGGCUCCAGAGGUUGACAUUCCUGGAGAAGGUAGAAAAAUGAAACUGCCCAAAUUCAAAGCUCCAAAAUUUGGAAUUUCCAAGCCCGAUAUACCAGCUCCAAAAAUGGAUCCAGAUGUUAGCCUUCCCAAAGUCGAUAUCUCACUACCAAAAGCUGACAGGGAUGCCAAAGUACCGAGGAUAGAUGUCAAAGCAGGCAAGUUGGAAGGUGAUCUUAGCCUUGGGAACAUUAACAUCAGAGGUCCCGACUUUGAAUUAGAAACGCCUGAAGUGGAAAAACCACAAGUUGAUGUCGAAAUGCCAAAGUUGAAGGGGAAGUUGGAUGUACAUAUGUCCAUGCCGAAAGCUGAUAUCGAUGUUUCAGCUCCGGAAUUGUCAGUGGACAUUAAAGCUCCAUCAACUGAAGUAGAUGUGCCAACAGUAGAUGUGGGUUUGGAAUCAGGAGAUAUGAAGAUGAAAGGUGAUGGAGGAAAGUUCAAAAUGCCAUCGGUGAAAAUGCCAUCAUUUGGGAUUUCUCUUCCAAAAUUCAAAGGAUCUGAAGUUGAUGUGAGUGUGAACAAGCCAGAUGUUGAUAUUUCAUUUGAAAAUCCAGAGGGAGAUAUUAAAGCGCCAAAACUGGACGUAAGUGCUCCAGAACUAGAAGCUGAUCUGCAGGCUCCAGAGGUUGACAUUGAUGGAAAAGGUAGAAAAAUGAAACUGCCUAAAUUUAAAGCUCAAAUAUUUGGAAUUUCCAAACCUGACAUACCAGCUCCAAAAAUGGGUCUGGAUGUUAAUCUUCCCAAAGUCGAUAUCUCACUACCGAAAGCUGACAUGGAUGCCAAAGUACCGAGUGUAGAUGUUAAAGCAGGCAAGCUGGAAGGUGAUCUUAGCCUUGGGAAGAUUGACAUCAGAGGUCAUGAAUUUGAAUUAGAAACGGCUGAAGUGGAAAAACCACAAGUUGAUGUCGAAAUGCCAAAGCUGAAGGGGAAGGGGGAUGUAGGUGUGCCCAUGCCUAAAGCUGAUAUCGAUGUUUCAGCUCCGGAAUUGUCAGUGGACAAUAAAACUCCAUCAACUGAAGUAGAUGUGCCAACAGUAGAUGUGGGGUUGGAAUCAGGAGAUAUGAAGAUGAAAAGUGAUGGAGGAAAGUUCAAAAUGCCAUCGGUGAAAAUGCCAUCAUUUGGGAUUUCUCUUCCAAAAUUCAAAGGACCUGAAGUUGAUGUGAGUGUGAGCAAGCCAGAUGUUGAUAUUUCAUUUGAAAAACCAGAGGGAGAUAUUAAAGCACCAAAACUGGACGGAAGUGCUCCAGAAGUUGAAGCUGAUCUGCAGGCUCCAGAGGUUGACAUUGAUGGAGAAGGUAGAAAAAUGAAACUGCCUAAAUUUAAAGCUCCAAAAUUUGGAAUUUCCAAACCUGACAUACUAGCUCCAAAAAUGGGUCUGGAUGUUAAUCUUCCCAAAGUCGAUAUCUCACUACCGAAAGCUGACAUGGAUGCCAAAGUACCGAGUGUAGAUGUUAAAGCAGUCAAGCUGGAAGGUGAUCUUAGCCUUGGGAAGAUUGACAUCAGAGGUCAUGACUUUGAAUUAGAAACGGCUGAAGUGGAAAAACCACAAGUUGACGUCGAAAUGCCAAAGCUGAAAGGGAAGGGGGAUGUAGGUGUGCCCAUGCCUAAAGCUGAUAUCGAUGUUUCAGCUCCGGAAUUGUCAGUGGAUAUUAAAGUUCCAUCAACUGAAGUAGAUGUGCCAACAGUAGAUGUGGGUUUGGAAUCAGGAGAUAUGAAGAUGAAAGGUGAUGGAGGAAAGUUCAAAAUGCCAUCGGUGAAACUGCCAUCAUUUGGGAUUUCUCUUCCAAAAUUCAAAGGACCUGAUGUUGAUGUGAGUGUGAGCAAGCCAGAUGUUGAUAUUUCAUUUGAAAAACCAGAGGGAGAUAUUAAAGCACCAAAACUGGACGUAAGUGCUCCGGAACUAGAAGCUGAUCUGCAGGCUCCAGAGGUUGACAUUGAUGGAGAAGGUAGAAAAAUGAAACUGCCUAAAUUCAAAGCUCCAAAAUUUGGAAUUUCCAAUCCUGACGUACCAGCUCCAAAAAUGGGUCUGGAUGUUAAUCUUCCCAAAGUCGAUAUCUCACGACCAAAAGCUGACAUGGAUGCCAAAGUACCGAGUGUGGAUGUUAAAGCAGGCAAGUUGGAAGGUGAUCUUAGCCUUGGGAAGAUUGACAUCAGAGGUCAUGACUUUGAAUUAGAAACGGCUGAAGUGGAAAAACCACAUGUUGACAUCGAAAUGCCAAAGUUGAAAGGGAACGUGGAUGGAGGUUUGCCCAUGCCUAAAGCUGAUAUCGAUGUUUCCGUCCCGGAAUUGUCAGUGGACAUUAAAGUUCCAUCAACUGAAGUAGAUGUGCCAACAGCAGAUGUGGGUUUAGAAUCAGGAGAUAUGAAGAUGAAAGGUGAUGGAGGGAAGUUCAAAAUGCCGUCGUGGAAAAUGCCAUCAUUUGGGAUUUCUGUUCCAAAAUUCAAAGGACCUGAAGUUGAUGUGAGUGUGAGCAAGCCAGAUGUUGAUAUUUCAUUUGAAAAACCAGAGGGAGAUAUUAAAGCACCGAAACUGGACAUAAGUGCUCCAGAACUAGAAGCUGAUCUGCAGGCUCCAGAUGUUGACAUUGAUGGAAAAAGUGGAAGAAUGAAACUGCCUAAAUUCAAAGCUCCAAAAUUUGGAAUUUCCAAACCUGAUAUACCAACUCCAAAAAUGGAUCAGAAUGUGAACCUUCCAAAAGUCGAUAUCUCACUACCAAAAGCUGACAUGGAUGCCAAAGUACCGAGUGUGGAUGUUAAAGCAGGCAAGUUGGAAGGUGAUCUUAGCCUUGGGAAGAUUGACAUCAGAGGUCAUGACUUUGAAUUAGAAACGCAUGAAGUGGAAAAACCACAAGUUGAUGUCGAAAUACCAAAGCUGAAAGGGAAGGGGGAUGUAGGUGUGCCCAUGCCUAAAGCUGAUAUUGAUGUUUCAGCUCCGGAAUUGUCAGUGGACAUUAAAGCUCCAUCAACUGAAGUAGAUGUGCCAACAGUAGAUGUGGGUUUGGAAUCAGGAGAUAUGAAGAUGAAAGGUGAUGGAGGAAAGUUCAAAAUGCCAUCGGUGAAACUGCCAUCAUUUGGGAUUUCUCUUCCAAAAUUCAAAGGACCUGAAGUUGAUGUGAGUGUGAGCAAGCCAGAUGUUGAUAUUUCAUUUGAAAAACCAGAGGGAGAUAUUAAAGCACCAAAACUGGACGUAAGUGUUCCAGAACGAGAAGCUGAUCUGCAGGCUCCAGAGGUUGACAUUGAUGGAGAAGGUAGAAAAAUGAAAAUGCCAAAAUUUAAAGCUCCAAAAUUUGGAAUUUCCAAACCUGACAUACCAGCUCCAAAAAUGGGUCAGGAUGUUAAUCUUCCCAAAGUCGAUAUCUCACUACCGAAAGCUGACAUGGAUGCCAAAGUACCGAGAGUAGAUGUUAAAGCAGGCAAGUUGGAAGGUGAUCUUAGCCUUGGGAAGAUUGACAUCAGAGGUCAUGACUUUGAAUUAGAAACGGCUGAAGUGGAAUUACCACAAGUUGACAUCGAAAUGCCAAAGCUGAAAGGGAAGGGCGAUGUAGGUGUGCCCAUGCCUAAAGCUGACAUCGAUGUUUCAGCUCCGGAAUUGUCAGUGGACAUUAAAGCUCCAUCAACUGAAGUAAAUGUGCCAACAGUAGAUGUGGGUUUGGAAUCAGGAGAUAUGAAGAUGAAAGGUGAUGGAGGAAAGUUCAAAAUGCCAUCGGUGAAAAUGCCAUCAUUUGGGAUUUCUCUUCCAAAAUUCAAAGGACCUGAUGUUGAUGUGAGUGUGAGCAAGCCAGAUGUUGAUAUUUCAUCUGAAAAACCAGAGGGAGAUAUUAAAGCACCAAAACUGGACGUAAGUGCUCCAGAACUAGAAGCUGAUCUGCAGGCUCUAGAGGUUGACAUUGAUGGAGAAGGUAGAAAAAUGAAACUGCCUAAAUUCAAAGCUCCAAAAUUUGGAAUUUCCAAACCUGACGUACCAGCUCCAAAAAUGGGUCUGGAUGUUAAUCUUCCCAAAGUCGAUAUCUCACUACCGAAAGCUGACAUGGAUGCCAAAGUACCGAGUGUAGAUGUUAAAGCAGGCAAGUUGGAAGGUGAUCUUAGCCUUGGGAAGAUUGACAUCAGAGGUCAUGACUUUGAAUUAGAAACGGCUGAAGUGGAAAAACCACAAGUUGACAUCGAAAUGCCAAAGUUGAAAGGGAAGGGGGAUGUAGGUUUGCCCAUGCCUAAAGCUGAUAUCGAUGUUUCAGUCCCGGAAUUGUCAGUGGACAUUAAAGUUCCAUCAACUGAAGUAGAUGUGCCAACAGUAGAUGUGGGUUUGGAAUCAGGUGAUAUGAAGAUGAAAGGUGAUGGAGGGAAGUUCAAAAUGCCGUCGUGGAAAAUGCCAUCAUUUGGGAUUUCUGUUCCAAAAUUCAAAGGACCUGAAGUUGAUGUGAGUGUGAGCAAGCCAGAUGUUGAUAUUUCAUUUGAAAAACCAGAGGGAGAUAUUAAAGCACCGAAACUGGACAUAAGUGCUCCAGAACUAGAAGCUGAUCUGCAGGCUCCAGAUGUUGACAUUGAUGGAAAAAGUGGAAGAAUGAAACUGCCUAAAUUCAAAGCUCCAAAAUUUGGAAUUUCUAAACCUGAUAUACAAGCUCCAAAAAUGGAUCAGAAUGUGAACCUUCCAAAAGUCGAUGUCUCACUACCGAAAGGUGACAUGGAUGCCAAAGUACCGAGUGUAGAUGUCAAAGCAGGCAAUUUGGAAAGUGAUCAUAGCCUUGGGAAGAUUAACAUCAGAGGUCACGACUGUCAAGUAAAAAUGCCUGAAGUGGAAAAACCACAAGUUGACAUCGAAAUGCCAAAGUUGAAAGGGAAGGGGGAUGUAGGUGUGCCCAUGCUUAAAGCUGAUAUCGAUGUUUCAGCCCCGGAAUUGUCAGUGGACAUUAAAGCUCCAUCAACUGAAGUAGAUGUGCCAACAGUAGAUGUGGGUUUGGAAUCAGGAGAUAUGAAGAUGAAAGGUGGUGGAGAAAAGUUCAAAAUGCCAUCGGUGAAAAAGCCAUCAUUUGGGAUUUCCAUUCCAAAAUUCAAAGGACCUGAAGUUGAUGUGAGUGUGAGCAAGCCAGAUGUUGAUAUUUCAUUUGAAAAACCAGAGGGAGAUAUUAAAGCACCAAAACUGGACGUUAGUGCUUCAGAAGUAGAAGUUGAUCUGCAGGCUCCAGUGGUUGACAUUGAUGGAGAAGGUAGAAAAAUGAAACUGCCUAAAUUCAAAGCUCCAAAAUUUGGAAUUUCCAAACCUGACAUACCAGCUCCAAAAAUGGGUCUGGAUGUUAAUCUUCCCAAAGUCGAUAUCUCACUACCGAAAGCUGACAUGGAUGCCAAAGUACCGAGUGUAGAUAUUAAAGCAGGCAAGCUGGAAGGUGAUCUUAGCCUUAGGAAGAUUGAUAUCAGAGGUCAUGACUUUGAAUUAGAAACGCAUGAAGUGGAAAAACCACAAGUUGAUGUCGAAAUGCCAAAGCUGAAAGGGAAGGGGGAUGUAGGUGUGCCCAUGCCUAAAGCUGAUAUCGAUGUUUCAGCUCCGGAAUUGUCAGUGGACAUUAAAGCUCCAUCAACUGAAGUAGAUGUGCCAACAGUAGAUGUGGGUUUGGAAUCAGGAGAUAUGAAGAUGAAAGGUGAUGGAGGAAAGUUCAAAAUGCCAUCGGUGAAAAUGCCAUCAUUUGGGAUUUCUCUUCCAAAAUUCAAAGGACCUGAAGUUGAUGUGAGUGUUAGCAAGCCAGAUGUUGAUAUUUCAUUUGAAAAACCAGAGGGAGAUAUUAAAGCACCAAAACUGGACCUAAGUGCUCCAGAACUAGAAGCUGAUCUGCAGGCUCCAGAUGUUGACAUUGAUGGAAUAAGUGGAACAAUGAAACUGCCUAAAUUCAAAGCUCCAAAAUUUGGAAUUUCCAAACCUGAUAUACAAGCUCCAAAAAUGGAUCAGAAUUUGAACCUUCCAAAAGUCGAUGUCUCACUACCGAAAGCUGACAUGGAUGCCAAAGUACCGAGUGUAGAUGUCAAAACAGGCAAUUUGGAAAGUGAUCAUAGCCUUGGGAAGAUUAACAUCAGAGGCCACGACUGUCAAGUAAAAAUGCCUGAAGUGGAAAAACCACAAGUUGACUUCGAAAUGCCAAAGUUGAAAGGGAAGGGGGAUGUAGGUGUGCCCAUGCCUAAAGCUGAUAUCGAUGUUUCAGCCCCGGAAUUGUCAGUCCACAUUAAAGCUCCAUCAACUGAAGUAGAUGUGCCAACAGUAGAUGUGGGUUUGGAAUCAGGAGAUAUGAAGAUGAAAGGUGAUGGAGGAAAGUUCAAAAUGCCAUCGGUGAAAAUGCCAUCAUUUGGGAUUUCUCUUCCAAAAUUCAAAGGACGUGAUGUUGAUCUUCAUGUGAGCAAGCCAGAUGUUGAUAUUUCAUUUGAAAAACCAGAGGGAGAUAUUAAAGCACCAAAACUGGACGUAAGUGCUCCAGAACUAGAAGCUGAUCUGCAGGCUCCUGAGGUUGACAUUGAUGGAGAAGGUAGAAAAAUGAAACUGCCUAAAUUCAAAGCUCCAAAAUUUGGAAUUUCCAAACCUGACAUACCAGCUCCAAAAAUGGGUCUGGAUGUUAAUCUUCCCAAAGUCGAUAUCUCACUACCGAAAGCUGACAUGGAUGCCAAAGUCCCGAGUGUGGAUGUUAAAGCAGGCAAGCUGGAAGGUGAUCUUAGCCUUGGGAAGAUUGACAUCAGAGGUCAUGACUUUGAAUUAGAAACGCAUGAAGUGGAAAAACCACAAGUUGAUGUCGAAAUGCCAAAGCUGAAAGGGAAGGGGGAUGUAGGUGUGCCCAUGCCUAAAGCUGAUAUUGAUGUUUCAGCUCCGGAAUUGUCAGUGGACAUUAAAGCUCCAUCAACUGAAGUAGAUGUGCCAACAGUAGAUGUGGGUUUGGAAUCAGGAGAUAUGAAGAUGAAAGGUGAUGGAGGAAAGUUCAAAAUGCCAUCGGUGAAACUGCCAUCAUUUGGGAUUUCUCUUCCAAAAUUCAAAGGACCUGAAGUUGAUGUGAGUGUGAGCAAGCCAGAUGUUGAUAUUUCAUUUGAAAAACCAGAGGGAGAUAUUAAAGCACCAAAACUGGACGUAAGUGCUCCAGAACUAGAAGCUGAUCUGCAGGCUCCAGAGGUUGACAUUGAUGGAGAAGGUAGAAAAAUGAAACUGCCUAAAUUCAAAGCUCCAAAAUUUGGAAUUUCCAAACCUGACGUACCAGCUCCAAAAAUGGGUCUGGAUGUUAAUCUUCCCAAAGUCGAUAUCUCACUACCUAAAGCUGACAUGGAUGCAAAAGUACCGAGUGUAGAUGUUAAAGCAGGCAAGUUGGAAGGUGAUCUUAGCUGUGGGAAGAUUGACAUCAGAGGUCAUGACUUUGAAUUAGAAACGGCUGAAGUGGAAAAACCACAAGUUGACAUUGAAAUGCCAAAGCUGAAGGGGAAGGGGGAUGUAGGUGUGCCCAUGCCUAAAGCUGAUAUCAAUGUUUCAGUCCCGGAAUUGUCAGUGGACAUUAAAGCUCCAUCAACUGAAGUAGAUGUGCCAACAGUAGAUGUGGGUUUGGAAUCAGGAGAUAGGAAGAUGAAAGGUGAUGGAGGGAAGUUCAAAAUGCCGUCGUGGAAAAUGCCAUCAUUUGGGAUUUCUCUUCCAAAAUUCAAAGGACCUGAAGUUGAUGUGAGUGUGAGCAAGCCAGAUGUUGAUAUUUCAUUUGAAAAACCAGAGGGAGAUAUUAAAGCACCGAAACUGGACAUAAGUGCUCCAGAACUAGAAGCUGAUCUGCAGGCUCCAGAUGUUGACAUUGAUGGAGAAGGUAGAAAAAUGAAACUGCCUAAAUUCAAAGCUCUAAAAUUUGGAAUUUCCAAACCUGACAUACCAGCUCCAAAAAUGGGUCUGGAUGUUAAUCUUCCCAAAGUCGAUAUCUCACUACCGAAAGCUGACAUGGAUGCCAAAGUACCGAGUGUAGAUGUUAAAGCAGGCAAGCUGGAAGGUGAUCUUAGCCUUGGGAAGAUUGACAUCAGAGGUCAUGACUUUGAAUUAGAAACGCAUGAAGUGGAAAAACCACAAGUUGAUGUCGAAAUACCAAAGCUGAAGGGGAAGGGGGAUGUAGGUGUGCCCAUGCCUAAAGCUGAUAUUGAUGUUUCAGCUCCGGAAUUGUCAGUGGAUAUUAAAGCUCCAUCAACUGAAGUAGAUGUGCCAACAGUAGAUGUGGGUUUGGAAUCAGGAGAUAUGAAGAUGAAAAGUGAUGGAGGAAAGUUCAAAAUGCCAUCGGUGAAAAUGCCAUCAUUUGGGAUUUCUCUUCCAAAAUUCAAAGGACCUGAAGUUGAUGUGAGUGUGAGCAAGCCAGAUGUUGAUAUUUCAUUUGAAAAACUAGAGGGAGAUAUUAAAGCACCCAAACUGGACCUAAGUGCUCCAGAACUAGAAGCUGAUCUGCAGGCUCCAGAGGUUGACAUUGAUGGAGAAGGUAGAAAAAUGAAACUGCCUAAAUUCAAAGCUCCAAAAUUUGGAAUUUCCAAACCUGACAUACCAGCUGCAAAAAUGGGUCUGGAUGUUAAUCUUCCCAAAGUCGAUAUCUCACUACCGAAAGCUGACAUGGAUGCCAAAGUCCCGAGUGUGGAUGUUAAAGCAGGCAAGCUGGAAGGUGAUCUUAGCCUUGGGAAGAUUGACAUCAGAGGUCAUGACUUUGAAUUAGAAACGCAGGAAGUGGAAAAACCACAAGUUGAUGUCGAAAUGCCAAAGCUGAAAGGGAAGGGGGAUGUAGGUGUGCCCAUGCCUAAAGCUGAUAUUGAUGUUUCAGCUCCGGAAUUGUCAGUGGAUAUUAAAGCUCCAUCAACUGAAGUAGAUGUGCCAACAGCAGAUGUGGGUUUGGAAUCAGGAGAUAUGAAGAUGAAAGGUGAUGGAGGAAAGUUCAAAAUGCCAUCGGUGAAAAUGCCAUCAUUUGGGAUUUCUCUUCCAAAAUUCAAAGGACCUGAAGUUGAUGUGAGUGUGAGCAAGCCAGAUGUUGAUAUUUCAUUUGAAAAACCAGAGGGAGAUAUUAAAGCACCAAAACUGGACGUAAGUGCUCCAGAAGUUGAAGCUGAUCUGCAGGCUCCAGAGGUUGACAUUGAUGGAGAAGGUAGAAAAAUGAAACUGCCUAAAUUCAGAGCUCCAAAAUUUGGAAUUUCCAAACCUGACGUACCAGCUCCAAAAAUGGGUCUGGAUGUUAAUCUUCCCAAAGUCGAUAUCUCACGACUGAAAGCUGACAUGGAUGCAAAAGUACCGAGUGUAGAUGUUAAAGCAGGCAAGUUGGAAGGUGAUCUUAGCCUUGGGAAGAUUGACAUCAGAGGUCAUGACUUUGAAUUAGAAACGGCUGAAGUGGAAAAACCACAAGUUGACAUUGAAAUGCCAAAGCUGAAGGGGAAGGGGGAUGUAGGUGUGCCCAUGCCUAAAGCUGAUAUCAAUGUUUCAGUCCCGGAAUUGUCAGUGGACAUUAAAGCUCCAUCAACUGAAGUAGAUGUGCCAACAGUAGAUAUGGGUUUGGAAUCAGGAGAUAGGAAGAUGAAAGGUGAUGGAGGGAAGUUCAAAAUGCCGUCGUGGAAAAUGUCAUCAUUUGGGAUUUCUCUUCCAAAAUUCAAAGGACCUGAAGUUGAUGUGAGUGUGAGCAAGCCAGAUGUUGAUAUUUCAUUUGAAAAACCAGAGGGAGAUAUUAAAGCACCGAAACUGGACAUAAGUGCUCCAGAACUAGAAGCUGAACUGCAGGCUCCAGAUGUUGACAUUGAUGGAGAAGGUAGAAAAAUGAAACUGCCUAAAUUCAAAGCUCUAAAAUUUGGAAUUUCCAAACCUGACAUACCAGCUCCAAAAAUGGGUCUGGAUGUUAAUCUUCCCAAAGUCGAUAUCUCACUACCGAAAGCUGACAUGGAUGCCAAAGUACCGAGUGUAGAUGUUAAAGCAGGCAAGCUGGAAGGUGAUCUUAGCCUUGGGAAGAUUGACAUCAGAGGUCAUGACUUUGAAUUAGAAACGCAUGAAGUGGAAAAACCACAAGUUGAUGUCGAAAUACCAAAGCUGAAAGGGAAGGGGGAUGUAGGUGUGCCCAUGCCUAAAGCUGAUAUUGAUGUUUCAGCUCCGGAAUUGUCAGUGGAUAUUAAAGCUCCAUCAACUGAAGUAGAUGUGCCAACAGCAGAUGUGGGUUUGGAAUCAGGAGAUAUGAAGAUGAAAGGUGAUGGAGGAAAGUUCAAAAUGCCAUCGGUGAAAAUGCCAUCAUUUGGGAUUUCUCUUCCAAAAUUCAAAGGACCUGAAGUUGAUGUGAGUGUGAGCAAGCCAGAUGUUGAUAUUUCAUUUGAAAAACUAGAGGGAGAUAUUAAAGCACCCAAACUGGACGUAAGUGCUCCAGAACUAGAAGCUGAUCUGCAGGCUCCAGAGGUUGACAUUGAUGGAGAAGGUAGAAAAAUGAAACUGCCUAAAUUCAAAGCUCCAAAAUUUGGAAUUUCCAAACCUGACAUACCAGCUCCAAAAAUGGGUCUGGACGUUAAUCUUCCCAAAGUCGAUAUCUCACUACCGAAAGCUGACAUGGAUGCCAAAGUCCCGAGUGUGGAUGUUAAAGCAGGCAAGUUGGAAGGUGAUCUUAGCCUUGGGAAGAUUGACAUCAGAGGUCAUGACUUUGAAUUAGAAACGCAUGAAGUGGAAAAACCACAAGUUGAUGUCGAAAUGCCAAAGCUGAAAGGGAAGGGGGAUGUAGGUGUGCCCAUGCCUAAAGCUGAUAUUGAUGUUUCAGCUCCGGAAUUGUCAGUGGAUAUUAAAGCUCCAUCAACUGAAGUAGAUGUGCCAACAGUAGAUGUGGGUUUGGAAUCAGGAGACAUGAAGAUGAAAGGUGAUGGAGGAAAGUUCAAAAUGCCAUCGGUGAAAAUGCCAUCAUUUGGGAUUUCUCUUCCAAAAUUCAAAGGACCUGAAGUUGAUGUGAGUGUGAGCAAGCCAGAUGUUGAUAUUUCAUUUGAAAAACCAGAGGGAGAUAUUAAAGCACCAAAACUGGACGUAAGUGCUCCGGAACUAGAAGCUGAUCUGCAGGCUCCAGAGGUUGACAUUGAUGGAGAAGGUAGAAAAAUGAAACUGCCUAAAUUCAAAGCUCCAAAAUUUGGAAUUUCCAAACCUGACGUACCAGCUCCAAAAAUGGGUCUGGAUGUUAAUCUUCCCAAAGUCGAUAUCUCUCUACCGAAAGCUGACAUGGAUGCAAAAGUACCGAGUGUAGAUGUUAAAGCAGGCAAGUUGGAAGGUGAUCUUAGCCGUGGGAAGAUUGACAUCAGAGGUCAUGACUUUGAAUUAGAAACGGCUGAAGUGGAAAAACCACAAGUUGACAUUGAAAUGCCAAAGCUGAAGGGGAAGGGGGAUGUAGGUGUGCCCAUGCCUAAAGCUGAUAUCAAUGUUUCAGUCCCGGAAUUGUCAGUGGACAUUAAAGCUCCAUCAACUGAAGUAGAUGUGCCAACAGUAGAUGUGGGUUUGGAAUCAGGAGAUAUGAAGAUGAAAGGUGAUGGAGGGAAGUUCAAAAUGCCGUCGUGGAAAAUGCCAUCAUUUGGGAUUUCUCUUCCAAAAUUCAAAGGACCUGAAGUUGAUGUGAGUGUGAGCAAGCCAGAUGUUGAUAUUUCAUUUGAAAAACCAGAGGGAGAUAUUAAAGCACCGAAACUGGACAUAAGUGCUCCAGAACUAGAAGCUGAUCUGCAGGCUCCAGAUGUUGACAUUGAUGGAGAAGGUAGAAAAAUGAAACUGCCUAAUUUCAAAGCUCUAAAAUUUGGAAUUUCCAAACCUGACAUACCAGCUCCAAAAAUGGGUCUGGAUGUUAAUCUUCCCAAAGUCGAUAUCUCACUACCGAAAGCUGACAUGGAUGCCAAAGUACCGAGUGUGGAUGUUAAAGCAGGCAAGUUGGAAGGUGAUCUUAGCCUUGGGAAGAUUGACAUCAGAGGUCAUGACUUUGAAUUAGAAACGCAUGAAGUGGAAAAACCACAAGUUGAUGUCGAAAUGCCAAAGCUGAAAGGGAAGGGGGAUGUAGGUGUGCCCAUGCCUAAAGCUGAUAUCGAUGUUUCAGCUCCGGAAUUGUCAGUGGAUAUUAAAGCUCCAUCAACUGAAGUAGAUGUGCCAACAGCAGAUGUGGGUUUGGAAUCAGGAGAUAUGAAGAUGAAAGGUGAUGGAGGAAAGUUCAAAAUGCCAUCGGUGAAAAUGCCAUCAUUUGGGAUUUCUCUUCCAAAAUUCAAAGGACCUGAAGUUGAUGUGAGUGUGAGCAAGCCAGAUGUUGAUAUUUCAUUUGAAAAACCAGAGGGAGAUAUUAAAGCACCAAAACUGGACGUAAGUGCUCCAGAAGUUGAAGCUGAUCUGCAGGCUCCAGAGGUUGACAUUGAUGGAGAAGGUAGAAAAAUGAAACUGCCUAAAUUCAAAGCUCCAAAAUUUGGAAUUUCCAAACCUGACGAACCAGCUCCAAAAAUGGGUCUGGAUGUUAAUCUUCCCAAAGUCGAUAUCUCACUACCGAAAGCUGACAUGGAUGCCAAAGUACCGAGUGCAGAUGUUAAAGCAGGCAAGCUGGAAGGUGAUCUUAGCCUUGGGAAGAUUGACAUCAGAGGUCAUGACUUUGAAUUAGAAACGCAUGAAGUGGAAAAACCACAAGUUGAUGUCGAAAUACCAAAGCUGAAAGGGAAGGUGGAUGUAGGUGUGCCCAUGCCUAAAGCUGAUAUUGAUGUUUCAGCUCCGGAAUUGUCAGUGGAUAUUAAAGCUCCAUCAACUGAAGUAGAUGUGCCAACAGCAGAUGUGGGUUUGGAAUCAGGAGAUAUGAAGAUGAAAGGUGAUGGAGGAAAGUUCAAAAUGCCAUCGGUGAAAAUGCCAUCGUUUGGGAUUUCUCUUCCAAAAUUCAAAGGACCUGAAGUUGAUGUGAGUGUGAGCAAGCCAGAUGUUGAUAUUUCAUUUGAAAAACUAGAGGGAGAUACUAAAGCACCAAAACUGGACGUAAGUGCUCCAGAACUAGAAGCUGAUCUGCAGGCUCCAGAGGUUGACAUUGAUGGAGAAGGUAGAAAAAUGAAACUGCCUAAAUUCAAAGCUCCAAAAUUUGGAAUUUCCAAACCUGACGUACCAGCUCCAAAAAUGGGUCUGGAUGUUAAUCUUCCCCAAGUCGAUAUCUCACUACCGAAAGCUGACAUGGAUGCCAAAGUACCGAGUGUAGAUGUUAAAGCAGGCAAGUUGGAAGGUGAUCUUAGCCGUGGGAAGAUUGACAUCAGAGGUCAUGACUUUGAAUUAGAAACGGCUGAAGUGGAAAAACCACAAGUUGACAUCGAAAUGCCAAAGCUGAAAGGGAAGGGGGAUGUAGGUGUGCCCAUGCCUAAAGCUGAUAUCAAUGUUUCAGUCCCGGAAUUGUCAGUGGACAUUAAAGCUCCAUCAACUGAAGUAGAUGUGCCAACAGUAGAUGUGGGUUUAGAAUCAGGAGAUAUGAAGAUGAAAGGUGAUGGAGGGAAGUUCAAAAUGCCGUCGUGGAAAAUGCCAUCAUUUGGGAUUUCUCUUCCAAAAUUCAAAGGACCUGAAGUUGAUGUGAGUGUGAGCAAGCCAGAUGUUGAUAUUUCAUUUGAAAAACCAGAGGGAGAUAUUAAAGCACCGAAACUGGACAUAAGUGCUCCAGAACUAGAAGCUGAUCUGCAGGCUCCAGAUGUUGACAUUGAUGGAAAAAGAGGAAGAAUGAAACUGCCUAAAUUCAAAGCUCCCAACUUUGGAAUUUCCAAACCUGAUACCAAUGCUCCAGAAAUGGAUCAGGAUGUUAACCUUCCAAAAGUUGAUGUCUCACUACCGAAAGCUGACAUGGAUGCCAAAGUACCGAGUGUAGAUGUCAAAGCAGGCAAGUUGGAAGGUGAUCUUAGCCUUGGGAAGAUUAACAUCAGAGGUCCCGACUUUGAAUUAAAAACAGCUGAAAUGGAAAAACCACAAGUUGACGUUGAAAUGCCAAAGUUGAUAGGGAAGGGGGAUGUAGGUGUGCCCAUGCCUAAAGCUGAUAUCGAUGUUUCAGUCCCGGAAUUAUCAGUGGACAUUAAAGCUCCAUCAACUGAAGUAGAUGUGCCAACAGUAGAUGUGGGUUUGGAAUCAGGAGAUAUGAAGAUGAAAGGUGAUGGAGGAAAGUUCAAAAUGCCAUCGGUGAAAAUGUCAUCAUUUGGGAUUUCCAUUCCAAAAUUUAAAGGACGUGAUGUUGAUCUUCAUGUGAGCAAGCCAGAUGUUGACAUUUCAGUUUUAAAACCAGAGGGAGAUUUGAAAGCGACAAAAAUGGACAUCAGUGCUCCAGAACUUGAAGUCGAUCUGCAGGCUCCAGAUGUUGACAUUGAUGGAGAAGGUAGAAAAAUGAAACUGCCUAAAUUGAAACCUCCAAAAUUUGGAAUUUCCAAUCCCGAUAUACAAGCUCCAAAAAUGGAUCGGGAUGUUAACCUUCCCAAAGUCGACGUCUCACUCCCGAAAGCUGACAUGGAUGCCAAAGUACCGAGUGUAGAUGUCAAAGCAGGCAAGAUGGAAGGUGAUCUCAGCCUUGGGAAGAUUGACAUCAGAGGUCCUGACUUUGAAUUAAAAACACCUGGAGUGGAAAAACCACAAGUUGACGUCGAAAUGCCAAAGCUGAAAGGGAAGGGGUAUGUAGCUGUGCCCAUGCCUAAAGCUGAUAUCGAUGUUUCAGCCCCGGAAUUGUCAGUGGACAUUAAAGCUCCAUCAACUGAAGUAGAUGUGCCAACAGUAGAUGUGGUUUUGGAAUCAGGAGAUAUGAAGAUGAAAGGUGAUGGAGGGAAGUUCAAAAUGCCGUCGUGGAAAAUGCCAUCAUUUGGGAUUUCUCUUCCAAAAUUCAAAGGACCUGAAGUUGAUGUGAGUGUGAGCAAGCCAGAUGUUGAUAUUUCAUUUGAAAAACCAGAGGGAGAUAUUAAAGCACCGAAACUGGACCUAAGUGCUCCAGACGUUGAAGCUGAUCUACAGGCUCCAGAUGUUGACAUUGAUGGAAAAAGAGGAAGAAUGAAACUGCCUAAAUUCAAAGCUCCAAAAUUUGGAAUUUCCAAACCUGAUACACAAGCUCCAGAAUUGGAUCAGGAUGUUAACCUUCCAAAAGUCGAUGUCUCACUACCGAAAGCUGACACGGAUGCCAAAGUACCGAGUAUAGAUGUCAAAGCAGGCAAGUUGGAAGGUGAUCUUAGCCUUGGGAAGAUUAACACCAGAGGUCCCGACUUUGAAUUAAAAACACCUGGAGUGGAAAAACCACAAGUUGACAUUGAAAUGCCAAAGUUGAUAGGGAAGGGGGAUGUAGGUGUGCCCAUGCCUACAGCUGCUAUCGAUGUUUCAGCCUCGGAAUUGUCAGUGGACAUUAAAGCUCCAUCAACUGAAGUAGAUGUGCCAACAGUAGAUGUGGGUUUGGAAUCAGGAGAUAUGAAGAUAAAAAGUGAUGGAGGGAAGUUCAAAAUGCCAUCGGUGAAAAUGCCAUCAUUUGGGAUUUCUCUUCCAAAAUUCAAAGGACCUGAAGUUGAUGUGAGUGUGAGCAAGCCAGAUGUUGAUAUUUCAUUUGAAAAACCAGAGGGAGAUAUUAAAGCACCGAAACUGGACAUAAGUGCUCCAGAAGUUGAAGCUGAUCUGCAGGCUCCAGAGGUUGACAUUGAUGGAGAAGGUAGAAAAAUGAAACUGCCUAAAUUGAAACCUCCAAAAUUUGGAACUUCCAAACCUGAUACACAAGCUCCAGAAAUGGGUCUGUAUGUUAACCUUCCCAAAGUCGAUGUCUCGCUACCGAAAGCUGACAUGGAUGCCAAAGUACCGAGUUUAGAUGUCAAAGCAGGCAAGUUGGAAGGUGAUCUUAGCCUUGGGAAGGUUAACAUCAGAGGUCCCGACUUUGAAUUAGAAAUGCCUGAAAUGGAGAGACCACAAGUUGACGUCGAAAUGCCAAAGUUGAAGGGGUAUUUGGAUGUAGAUAUGUCCAUGCCGAAAGCUGAUAUCAAUGUUUCAGCCCCGGAAGUGUCAGUGGACAUUAAAGCUCCAUCAACUGAAGUAGAUGUGCCAACAGUAGAUGUGGGUUUGGAAUCAGGAGAUAUGAAGAUGAAAAGUGAUGGAGGGAAGUUCAAAAUGCCAUCGGUGAAAAUGCCAUCAUUUGGGAUUUCUCUUCCCAAAUUCAAAGGACCUGAAGUUGAUCUUCGUGUGAGCAAGCCAGAUGUUCACAUUUCAUUUGAAAAACCAGAGGGAGAUACUAAAGUGCCUAAAAUGGAUGUCAGUGCCCCAGAACUUGAAGCAGAUCAGCAGGCUCCAGAUGUUAACAUUGAUGGAAAAAGUGGAAGAAUGAAACUGCCUAAAUUUAAAGCUCCAAAUUUUGGAAUUUCCAAACCCGAUAUUCAAGCUCCAAAAAUGGAUCUGGAUGUUAAACUUCCCAAAGUCGAUAGCUCACUACCGAAAUCUAACAUGGAUGCCAAAGUACCGACUGUAGAUGUCAAAGCAGUCAAGUUGGAAGGUGAUAUUAGCCUUGGCAACAUUAACAUCAGAGGGCACGACUUUCAAAUAAAAAGGCCUGAAGUGGAAAAACGACAAGUUGACAGCAAAAUGCCAAAGUUGAAAGGGAAGCGGGAUGUAGGUGUGCUCAUGCUUAAAAGUGAUGUUGAUGUUCCAGCCCCGGAAUUGUCAGUGGACAUUAAAGCUCCAUCAACUGCGGUAGAUGUGCCAACAGUAGAUGUGGGUUUGGAAUCAGGAGAUAUGAAGAUGAAAGGUGAUGGAGGGAAGUUCAAAAUGCCAUCGGUGAAAAUGCCAUCAUUUGGGAUUUCUCUUCCAAAAUUCAAAGGACCUGAAGUUGAUGUGAGUGUGAGCGAGCCAGAUGUCGAUAUUUCAUUUGAAAAACCAGAGGGAGAUAUUAAAGCGCCUAAAAUGGACCUAAGUGCUCCAGAACUUGAAGCAGAUUUGCAGGCUCCAGAGGUUGAGAUGGAUGGAAAAGGUAGAAAAAUGAAACUGCCUAAAUUCAAUGUUCCAAAAUUUGGAAUUUCGAAACCCGUUAUACCAGCUCCAAAAAUGGAUCUGGAUGUUAAUUCUCCCAAAGUCGAUAUCUCACUACCGAAAGCUGACAUUGAUGCCAAAGUACCGAGUGUAGAUGUCAAAGCAGGCAAGAUGGAAGGUGAUCUUAGCCUUGGGAACAUUAACGUCAGAGGUCACGACUUUGAAUUUAAAAUGUCUGAAGUGGAAAAACCACAAGUUGACUUCGAAAUGCCAAAGUUAAAGGGGAAGUUGGAUGCAGAUGUGUCGAUGCUUAAAAAUGAUACCGAUGUUCCAGCUCCGGAAUUGUCAGUGGACAUUAAAACUCCAUCACCUGAAGUAGAUGUGCCAACAGUAGAUGUGGGUUUAGAAUCAAGAGAUAUGAAGAUGAAAGCUGAUGGAGGGAAGUUCAAAAUGCCAUCGGUGAAAAUGCCAUCAUUUGGGAUUUCUCUUCCAAAAUUCAAAGGACCUGAAGUUGAUGUGAGUGUGAGCAAGCCAGAUGUGGAUAUUUCAUUUGAAAAACCACAGGGAGAUAUUAAAGCGACUAAAAUGGACAUCAGAGCUCCACAGGUUGAAGCUGAUCUGCAGGCUCCAGCGGUUGACAUGGAUGGAAAAGGUAGAAAAAUGAAACUGCCUAAAUUCAACGCUCCAAAAUUUGGAAUUUCCAAACCUGACAUACCAGUGCCAGAAAUGGAUCUGGAUGUUAACCUUCCCAAAGUCGAUAUCUCACUACCGAAGGCUGACAUGGAUGCCAAAGUACCGAGUGUAGAUGUUAAAGCAGGCAAGUUGGAAGGUGAUCUUAGCCUUGGGAAGAUUAACAUCAGAGGUCCCAACUUUGAAUUAAAAACACCUGGAGUGGGAAAACCACAAGUUGAUGUCGAAAUGCCAAAGCUGAAAGGGAACGUGGAUGUCUGUGUGCCCAUGCCUAAUGCUGAUAUCGAUGUUUCAGCCCCGCAAGUGUCAGUGGACAUUAAAGCUCCAUCAACUGAAGUAGAUGUGCCAACAGUAGAUGUGGGUUUGGAAUCAGGCGAUAUGAAGAUGAAAGGUGAUGGAGGAAAGUUCAAAAUGCCAUCGGUGAAAACGCCAUCAUUUGGGAUUUCUCUUCCAAAAUUCAAAGGACCUGAAGUUGAUGUGAGUGUGAGCAAGCCAGAUGUUGACAUUGCAGUUGAAAAACCACAGGGAGAUAUCAAAGGUCCGAAAAUGGACAUAAGUGCUCCAGAACUAGAAGCUGAUCUGCAGGCUCCAGAGGUUGACAUUGAUGGAAAAGGUAGAAAAAUGAAAUUGCCUAAAUUCAAAGCUCCAAAAUUUGGAACUUCCAAACCCGAUAUCCAACCUCCAAAAAUGGGUCUGGAUGUUAACCUUCCCAAAGUCAAUGCCUCACUACCGAAAGCUGACAUGGAUGCCAAAGUACCGAGUGUAGAUGUCAAAGCAGGCAAGUUGGAAGGUGAUCUUAGCCUUGGGAAGAUUAACAUCAGAGGUCCCGACUUUGAAUUAGAAACGCCUGAAGUGGAAAAACCACAAGUUGACAUCGAAAUGCCAAAGUUGAAAGGGAACGUGGAUGUAGGUGUGCCCAUGCCUAAAGCUGAUAUCGAUGUUUCAACCCCGGAAUUGUCAGUGGACAUUAAAGUUCCAUCAACUGAAGUAGAUGUGCCAACAGUAGAUGUGGUUUUGGAAUCAGGAGAUAUGAAGAUGAAAGGUGAUGGAGGAAAGUUCAAAAUGCCAUCGGUGAAAAUGCCAUCAUUUGGGAUUUCUCUUCCAAAAUUCAAACGUGGUAAAGUUGAUAUGAGUGUGAGCAAGCCAGAUGUUAAUAUUUCAGCUGGAAAACCAGAGAUACAUAUCAAAGAUCUGAAAAUGGAUGUCAGUGCUCCAGAACUAGAAACUGAUCUGCAGGCUCCAGAUGUUGACAUUGAUGGAAAUGGUGGAAGAAUGAAACUGCCUAAAUUCAAAGCCCCAAAAUUUGGAAUUUCCAAACCUGAUACACAAGCUCCAGAAAUGGAUCUGGAUGUUAACCUUCCCAAAAUCGAUAUCUCACUACCGAAAGCUGACAUGGAUGCCCAAGUAAAGAGUGAAGAUGUCAAAGCAGGCAAGUUGGAAGGUGAUCAUAGCCUUGGGAAGAUUGACAUCAGAGGUCCCGACUUUGAAUUAAAAAUGCCUGAAGUGGAGAAACCACAAUUUGACGUCAAAAUGCCAAAGUUGAAAGCGAAGGGGGAUGUAGAUGUUUCCAUGCCUAAUGCUGAUAUCGAUGUUUCAGCCCCGGAAUUGUCAGUGGACAUUAAAGCUCCAUCAUCUGUCAUGGAUCUGCCAACAGUAGAUGUGGGUUUGGAGUCAGGAGAUAUGAAGAUGAAAGCUGAUGGAGCUAAGUUCAAAAUGCCAUCGGUGAAAAUGCCAUCAUUUGGGAUUUCUCUUCCAAAAUUCAAAGGACCUGACAUUGAUGUGAGUGUCACGAAACCAGAUGUCGAUAUUUCAGUUGAAAAACCAGAGGUAGAUAUCAAAUGUCCUAAAAUGGACGUGAGUGCUCCAGAACUAGAAGCUGAUCUGCAGGCUCCAGAGGUUGACACUGAUGGAAAGGGUAGAAAAAUGAAACUGCUUAAAUUCAAAGCUCCAAAAUUUGGAACUUCCAAACCCGAUAUACAAGCUCCAAAAAUGGAUCUGGAUGUUCAACUUCCCAAAGUCGAUAUUUCUCUACCGAAAGCUGACAUGGAAGCCAAAGUACCGAGUGUAGAUGUCAAAGCAGGCAAGUUGGAAGGUGAUCUUAGCCUUGCGAAGAUUGACGUCAAAGGCCCCAACUUUGAAUUAGAAACGCCUGAAGUGGAAAAACCACAAGUUGACGUCGAAAUGCCAGAGUUGAAAGGGAAGGUGGAUGUCGAUGUGUCCAUGCCUAAAUUUGGUGUCGAUGUUUCAGCUCCGGAAUUGUCAGUGGAUACUAAAGCUCCAUCAACUGAAGUGGAUCUGCCAACAGCAGAUGUGGGUUUAGAAUCAGGAGAUAUGAAGAUGAAAGAUGAUGGAGGAAAGUUCAAAAUGCCAUCCAUGAAAACGCCAUCAUUUGGGAUUUCUUCUCCAAAAUUCAAAGGACCUGAAGUUGAUGUGAGUGUGAGCAAGCCCGAUGUCGAUAUUUCAUUUGGAAUCCCUGAGAUACUUCUGAAAGGUCCUAAAAUGGAUGUAAGGGCUGCAGAAUGUGAAGCUGAUCUUCAAGGACCAGUUGUUGACAUUGAAGGAAAAGCGGGCAAAAUAAAAUUUCCAACAUUCAAACUUCCAAAACUUGGCUUUUCAGCUCCUGCUAAAAAUUCUCCAACGAACGACUUCAAUGUACAUCUCCCGAAGGUUCAUGUCUCACCGCCACAAGCUGAAUUGGAUGUCAAAUUAGCAUUUGCAGAUGCAAAUUCAGAAAAUGCGGUGAAUAGAAUUAAUGUUGCUGGCAUUGACACGGACUGUCCUAAUGUCAGUCUAAAACUGCCUGAAAAGAAGAAACCUACAAUUGACAAUGAAGUUCCAAAAUUCCAAGGUCAUUUAGAUACGCAUGUUUCUAUGCCUAAGCCUGAACUUGGUGUUUCAACUCCGGAAAUGACAGUGGACAUUAUAGCUCCAUCAUCUGAUGUGGAUCUCCCAACAUCUGAUGUUCAUUUGGAUCUGCAGUUCAAAGAUGGUCAUGCACAGUUGGCAAUGCCACCCCUGAAAUUGCUUUCUUUAGGUGUUUCUCUUCCCAAGUUGAAAGAUCCUGAAGUUGCUGUGAGUCUGAGUCAGCCAGAUGUUGAUAUUUCAGCUGAAAAAUCACUGAUCGAUAGUCGAGGAUUGAAAAUUGACUUGAGUGCUCCAGAAUGUGAAGGUGGAGUAGAGGCAGGUGAUGUUACCAUUGCAGGGAAAGGACAAAAGUUUAACAUAUCAAAAUUUAAAGCAACCAAGUUUGGCAUUUCAACGCCUGAGACGAAACCUCUUAAAACGAAUGUUGAUAUCAGUGUCUCUCCCGUUGACAUCUCACAUUCAAAAACUGUUCUUGUUGAGAAUGAACCAAAUAUAGAUGAGAAAGCAGGAACAGUAGAUGUUCAUUGCAAUGUUGCAGCUUUUGAUUUCAAACAUGUUGAUGCCCAUCUAAAAGUGCCUGGGGUACAAAGUUCACAAAUCAGUAUUGGUGAUCCAAAAGCAAAAGGGAAAACUGAUGCUGAAACAUUGAUGCCAAAGACUCAACUUGAUGUUUCAGCUCCUGAAAUGUCAGUGGACAUGAAAGCUCCAGCAUUAUUUUCAGUUUCAUUUUCUAAGUUUAAAUUUCCAGAUGUCGACUUUAGGACAGAAACAACAGAGAAUGAUGAUCCUGAUUUUUCCAAGACUGUGACAAAAGAAUCAGGUCAAUCUCUUCAAGGAAAGUCUUGCGAUCAUUCGAAUAAAACAGCUGCUGAACUCAAAGGUCAAAAGGAUGCUGGAUUGACAGCAACAAAGGAAAGUUCUCCAUCAAAGGGGAGGACAAGUUGGUUUAAAUUUCCAAAAAUUAACUUUUCAUCACCAUGGAAGAAAGAAAAAGCUGCUGACGGUGAAAAACAAACUGCACAUGAAAUUCCAACUUCUGGCACAGAACCAAUUAUAUCUGGUGUAAAAGUGGCCGACGUAAAAUCUGAUGGCCAUGACUUUUUGCCUGGUGGGUCUUCAGAAGUAUCACCAUCAACCAUUCCUGCAUCAAAGGAAUUAACAGUUGAAGAUACUGAAAAUAGAACUACUGAUGAUGGUACAACUCAAAUAGUAACAAUGAAAUCUAAAGACCCUGGUACUGUAGUUGGAGGCACUCACGUGAUAACACCCAGUCAAAUAGUGACAUCAACUGCAAGAACUGAGCUCGCCUUGCUGGAAUCAGGUGAUUUCAGGAUAAAUGUCCAGUCAUCCAAAACAAGUAAAUCUGAAUCUUCUCAUCACGGCCAAGUUCCAACCUGUGAAACUUCAUCUGAGCCUCACCAAAUUAUUCUGACUGGAACCAAAAUUACAAAAGCAAACGAUAAGCAAGAAAGCACCAAAAAAUCAGGAAUCCCUCAAAGUUCUAACUUACCAAUAUCUCCACCACCUGAAGGUAUACCACGUACACAUCUGACAGAACAUUCCACAGUGGUUACUAAAGAAACUCUUAUUCAAGAAGAAGCUGCAAGUGGGAUAGCGGAACCAGCAAAGUCUACAAAAGAACUGCCUGAAUCCCAUCUCCCAAAAUCAGAAUACACUGUAUCUGCCAAAGGGCACACCCUUACUAAAAAAUAUACAAAAACAGCAGGAACUGUGGUUGACUUAACUGACAGUUCCAUAUUACAAGGAGAUAUUGCUCCUGGAGCAACAGUUAUUGAUGAUACGCAUCCUGUUUUCAAAACAAUGAAAGAAAUGAUUCAGAGUGAACAAAAACAAUUCUCUGAAAAAACUCAACCUUCAUCUGUUUCCAUCCCUAUAAAUGAAUCUGAGACAAAAGAAAUUAAGAAGACAGAAACUAAGGAAUAAACAUGCAUUGACAGCUUUGUUUAUAAUUGUGAUAUGAUGCUUUUACACAGUAGUUAUCUUGCUGUUUCCUGUAUUUAUCUAAAUAUCAACUUGAUUAUUGUGUGCGAGAGGUGUUUCAUAGAGCAAUAAGGAUAUUUCAUAUUGCACUACAUAUCAAAGAUCACAACUUUGAAUUAUGGUUGCACUUGCUUCAAUAACAACAAAUUCAGAAUUAGAAAUAAAUUACUUCAGUAAAUUACAAAAUAUUUGCAUAUGUUUGUGUAUAGGCUGCUUAAAAGUUACUUUUGAUCCAAAUAUAAUGGGGACAAAUAUUUAUGCCUUUAAAUUGCUAUUCAGUGGCACACACCUUACCUAGGUUUUCAGUUAACUGUAGCAAUUUUUUGUCUGUGCAUAACUUAAACCUUUCUGAAUAAUCAAUUGCCUAGUUAGUGUCAUUAAUAUCUAAAUGUUAAUUAGAGUUGCAAUCUCAGUAUGAUUUGUACAUUCAAGUUGUUAGAGGUAAUUAAAACAAGGAUAAAGAGUAAAUAUGAAGGCAUUAAGAUUUUUAUCAGAAAUAGAAUCUGAAGUGUCUACAAUCCACUCCCAAUGAAAACGCCUUUUACAUCAAUUAUCUGCAAGUUCUAAACAGAUAACAUUUAAGAAAUACAACAUACUGAUCUAAGUAGUACAGGACAUACUAUGAUAAAUGAUGCUCAUACUCAUCAAACUAAGUGAUAAUAAUGGUCCGGAAUGGAAUGUUUUCCAUCUAAAGUAUGCAAUAUUUUCCAUCAAAAGCAUCAAACAUUCUUAGCUUUGGAGACAUUUUCUCCACUCAGUUCACCACAGCAUGUAAAAGCAUAUAUCACAGUGCACCAGUAAUGUGCUUUUGUUUUCUCUCGUUAUUUAUCAUUGGGCCUAUCUACAUGACAUUUUCAAUCACUGUCAAUCUAGGAAUAAUUUCCUGCUUUCGCCCCAAGACCAUUAGAAUUCAUUUCACACAGAAGCUUUAUAACUAGAAGAUAGAGAAUACUUGUAUCAUAUCAGUCUUGAAUCCAGGUCUUAGAGGGGGCGUAAUCCACUACACUGCUCCAUUUAUAUAACAUAACAUUUCUGUAACAAUUAUAAUGGACUUUAUGUCACUGAUCUAGCACUUGUUACAUGUGAUAUCACAAAACAUAUUUAAAGCCUGUGUGAAAAACAAAUAAUAAAAAUGCCAUAAAUGAAUAUUCAUCACUCAAGUAUUUAAUUUCAAAAUGGCAGUGAAGUUCAGUAGACGGAAUUCUAAUUUGCUCUUCUCCUGGAAAUUGUAAAAAAUGUGUCCAAAUAUGUGUGAAUAAUUUUGUUGUAAAUAUGAUUAACUGAAAUUUGUGUCCUGGAAGCUUCUGUUGAUUUAUGCCACAAUUACUGUGGAAUAUUGAUUUUGCUAUGCUAAAUUUUCUUACAAUUGCUAACUUUGAGUAUGUAUCAUCAAUAAAAUACCUGUUUAGACAUAAAA